AUGGAAGGAAGACGCAGCAACUUCCUGACGAAGGGGAACCCUAAGAAGGCCCAAUCCAAAAAAGGCAAGAGACAAAACCGGCCAGAGGCUAUUGAGUACGACGACCUGUCCGACGACAAGUCCCAAAUAUCAACGCCUUCUCGUCAUAAAGGAGGUGGGGGAAAUAAGGGCCGACAGCUCGUCCGUUGGGAUGAUGAUCUCGAUAUUCUUCUCCUCAUGACUCUGCAGGCCGUUUGUACCAAAAAUGGCCUCAAACUGCCGUGGGAUAAGGUCGCCCGAGCCAUGGGAGCCAAGUUUACGGAGGGUGCAAUUGUGCAGCACCUGUCAAAGCUCCGUGUCAAACGCAUGUCACAGGACAAACCGGUUCCGCAGCUGCGUGCCCGUCCCAGCGGCGGAAGCAGAAUUAGGCUGAACCGGCGCAAGGCCGUUGAUGACAGCGAGGAUGAGAGCCGGGACAGCAUUGGUAACGAAAGCGACAAGGACAAUGUGAAACGCAGUGCCUUGAAGGGAUCUCAGUCGAAGUCCAGGUCCAAGAAACCAAAGAAUCCGGCAGCCCAAAGCGGCAAGGCCACUGGUCGCAGAAAAAGGAAGGUGGACUUCCAGAGCGACAGCGAUGUAAAGUACGCAGAUGCUCCCUUCCUUGAAAGUGUUCAUGGAGAGCUAACCAAGCCGCGUAGCCUUUCACAUGCUGAUGACAGUGAGGACUUGGACGGGCUUGAAGAGCCGCCCAAGAAGACAGUCUUUUUUGAGUCGACGCCCGGCAAGUACAUUGCUCGCUUUUUGCUCAAGAAGAGCUUCCUUCUGAAGAUGCAAGUUGAGGAAGCGAUGAAAGAAGAGGCUGUGAAAGAAGAGGCCUUGAAAAAAGAGACCAAGCCCAGAUGUCCUCCUGCAAAGCGCCAGAAAUUCUUUGAAGAUCCCAGUGAUGGCUCCUACCCCGACGUUCCCCCGGCCUGGUCUGGAGACACAAUGCAUAUGGCACACCCGCAGAUUCCAAACCUGCUAGAGGACGCCAACAGGCUGGACACCAUUUCUCAAAAUUUUCGAGAUCCUCGCAUUGUUCAACUUAAUCGAAUGGCUCCCUCUGGUUCGUACGACGAAGAUUCGCAGCGCCGGUUUCCCUCAGAUCUCAGCGGCCCUGGCGUUCUAGUACGUGGUCAUUCGCAUGAUUCUCCGCGGGGUCUCUACCAGGCUCUGGCUCCUGUCGGAUCUGUCUCGCAUAUGUAUCUUCAGUCUCCUCGGGUUUCCCGUAUGGUUACUCCGUCCGAAAGCAGCCCAUCUGCGUUCAACUUAUCUUACGGAUAUCCUCCACUCGACCGAAAGAUUCCGCGGCAGCAAACACCUCAGGGACCGUCAUUAUCCCCAGAGCUUAUUGAUCCUCGUAUCUUGGACAGGCCCAUUGUCCCGCGAGAGCCGAGUGAUGACUCUGACAGUGACAGUUUGUUCGCGAAACAAGACCAUGUCCUGUAUAAUUCUGAGCCUCGUUUUAAACAAGAGGAAAAUGGGUGGUGA